AUAUGGUAAUUGAUGAAAGAGGACAAAGGAGGCUGACACGAAUUGUGCAGAGCAACAGACGGGCUACAGUCCAGUACAACAAUGGUGCCCAAAGACCCAUAAAAGAAUGCACAAUUCGUCGAGUAUGGCAGCCGACGACGUUACAGAGAUCCACUUCUUUCAGCUAAAAAACAAGAAACUGCAGUAGUAGUGGGCUGAGGAAUGAAAACACUGGAGAAGUGGAAAAACUGCUGUUUCACUCUGAUGGGAGGACUAGGAUAUGAAUUCAUGCAUCCAUCAUGCCGCUUGUCAACAUAACAGGCUGGUGGUGUGAUGGUGUGGGGUGUGUUUUCAUGGCACACAUUGGGCCCCUUGAUACAAGUGGAGCAAUGUUUUAAUGCCUCACUAUAUCUGAACAUCAAUGCCAAUCAGGUGCAUCCCUUCAUGGCAGCAGUGUAUCCAUCUGCAAAUGUAUUUUUUAAGCAGGAUAAUGCCCCAUGCCACAAAGCUAGGAUUGUCCAGGAAUGGCUCCAUGAACGUGACACUGAAUUCAUCUUACUGCAGUGGUCUGCCCAGUCACCAGAUCUCAAUCAGGUUGAGUUACUGUGGGAUGAGUUGGAACGAGCUAUUCGGAUUAGGGAUCCACUACCAGCCGACUUGACACAACUCUGUGAAGCAUUGGAGUCAACGUGAGCCAGCAUCCGUGUGGAACGCUUUCGAUCACCUUGUAGAGUCCAUGCCCCGAACGAAUUGAGGUAAUUGUGAUGGAAAAGGGGGUGCAACUCAAUUUUAGAAAAGUGAUCCUAAUGUUUUUUAUACACUCAGUAUAGAUCCACACAGGCACCGUGGCCAGGCCACAGGAUGUCGGAGGACACCAGGUUCGGCAUGAGGCACAGGGUAAAGUUGGGGCGUCGGGAUGAGCGGAGCAGAAUGACAACCAGGACAACUAUGUUACCAGGGAGGACCAGUGCACAGCACAACACAGCCCCAGGCUCAAAAUCAGCUGGCCCUAAUCCGGGGUGGUGGUGUCCAAGCUGGAGGUGUUGGAGGAGUUGAGGUUCUCCACGGUCGGUGAAAUAAUAAUAUAAGAGAUCUAAGAGCUAUCUGGAAGACAGUAGACUUUAGACAUCUAAUUCUUUGUUUCUCGUUUUUUUUGCAGGUGCUUGACACCCCAAAAUAGAUACAGUUGAAACAGUCUGUACACUGCUUGAAAUCCUCUCAAGUUUCUUCUCUUCUCUUACCAUAGCAAUGAUAUGGGUUAACUGCCUCUGGUCAACUUUCUUUCAAUGAGGUGUGUGUGCGUGACAGAGAGAGAGAGAGAUUUGUUUGGUGUCUAACCAUAAACAGUUAGAUGCAUCCUAUUUUGUCAUUCAGGCUACGGCCAACCCGAUUCUCACAAAUAGAUAUUUUAAAAUGUAGCACACGACACUGAGACCCCCCCAAGAGGUGCACGUUUCGGUUUUUGCACUAACAGCUGAGUCAAAUUAUGAAAGCUUGAUGAUUAGUUGAUUAUUUGAAUCAACUGUGUAGUGCUAGGGAAAAAAACGAAACGUGCACCACCUGUGGUCCCGAGGACCAAAUUUGGGAAACACUGACAUAGGCAAAACUUCUACUGCAGAUGUCUCUGGGGGCCAGCCUCUCAGUUGAAAAAAAAUAUUUUACCCCCAUAGAAAAAUCUAAAAUGUUCAGUGAUUUUAACUACGUGUAAAAAGUUGAUUCGAACUUUUGACGGAUAAAUGGAUGUGUAAUGGAUUCUUCAUGCAUUUCAUCCAUCUGUCCGUGAAUGUAUGGACAUGCUACGAUGCUCCCAUCUAGUGGUAAGAUAAGGGUGAUAAGGGUAGAAGAACAUUUCAAACAUGCCACUGGUCACACACUGGUUGAAUCAACGUUGUUUCCACGUCAUUUCAAUGACAUUAUGUUGAACCAAUGUGGAACAGACAUUGAAAUGACAUCUGCCCAGUGGGAUGAUUGCACUUUUAAUUUCCUCCCUGCCACAGAUUCUAGCAUAAAUCUACUAUGACUGCUAUCUUAUGUUAUCUUAAUUUGGAAGAUAUUGACAAUAACUGGUCAAUUGUAUAAAACACAUUUAUUUGUAGAUACACAUAGAGAGUUCUCAUAUAUAGCCUACCUGCAUUCACCUUCAUCACUUCAUUGACCAUUCCUUCUUCUAUCCCUUUAUAUUUCUGUCCUAUAUUUCAUGUUUGAAUUAGUUUCACUGUCCAAAUAUUAUCUUUUGUCAGUUAAAAUCUUCUACUGUAACUGUCACCAUCUCAAACAGCCAGUCCAUUCUUUCCAACCAGAAUUCACAGUCCUUUAUAAACUUGAUCAGAUCCACAGACAACUAUACAAUGUGGGCGGGUGGGUCUGUCAAUACUAGUCACAGUCAAUUGAGACCAGUGGAGCCUCCUCAGAGGAGGAAGGGGAGGACCAUACUCCUCAGUGAAUUUCAUAAAAAUAAAAUUGUAAAGCAUUUAAAAAAAAUCCUUUUAAGAUAUAACUAUACUUCACCAAAUAAUUGUUUAAAUAAAACACACUAUUUUGUAAAGAAGGUCUACAGUAGCUUCAACAGCACUCUGUAGGGUAGCACCAUGGUGCCACUAAUUUGUUUUUUCGACCUGUAUGCACCUACGUUGUAAACUGUCAUUCAUAGGCUAGGUUGUAGCAACCUCAUGAUGGGUAUAGGGACAAUUUGAGUAUCAUAUAAUAGCCUAAACAUAUCGCUGUUACAUUGACAGUCAUCCAAUUUGAGGUAAUAACGCCAUGCUCAUGAAAAACAAAUUGUCCUCCCUCAUCUUAAACGGCACUGACCGCCACUGAUCGAGACCCAUCUAUUCAGAUGGUAUGCAGGAUGCGGAAUCGUUCCAGGCUAACAAUGCAGAAGACAUAAGAGAAAAUGGGCGCGUUCGAGUGGAUCACUUUUGUCAAGUCGAUGACCACGGUUGGUCAGAACCUUCCAAACUGUAUUGCAUUAUGGUGACAGGAAUUGUCUGACUUGUGACUUGCACCUACAUAAUGACUGCAUGAACUUUACAAAAAUCAUGUGAUUGAAGGUAAUGAAGUUUUGACUGUAGUCGACUACGAGUUUCUGCAGUUCCUCCUCAUAAGUGAAAACUUGCAGCCAUCACCUGCAUUGUGUGAGGCUCUAUUGUCAACCAAUCAUUAGGAUGUUUUUGUUUGACCCAUGUGAAUGUGACCAAAGACAUGACUGAAACAGCUUUUCCACAAUUCAUGCAUACAGCGGCUAUGUACUGUACAAAUGAAUGUGAUAUUUGAGUCCCUCUCUCACCAAUUGAUUGUACAAUGUACCCACACCUUUUCAGUUUGAGUGUGUGAUAUGGGGGUUGGAGACGUGUUUAUUUCUACAUUAUGUGACACACGGGCUCCGAUGCUGAAAGAGUAGCGGUCCUCAUCUUGGAGACCCUUCUGGGUUUUGUGAUCCCGUUCUCUGUGCUGGUCACAUCCUACUGCUGAGGGUGCUGUUCUACUAGCCAGCCGAGUCAGUACUCGACAUCCAUCCAUGUCUGAGAACAUCAGGAGAUGACAUGGAAACCGGCCACUAGGAGCAAUAGUGAGCGCUGUUACCUUGAAGUUGGUUUCAGUUUUGCUAGGGCAUUGUGGAUGGGGAUGGCAGAUGGGUGUAAGCAUCUGCCUCUGAGGAUCUGAUCACGUUCUGAGGAUCUGAUCACGUAAGCAUCUGCCUCUGAUUUCAAAGGUUGCAAGUUCAAAUCUAGCGAACAAAUGUUGUUUUUGAUCAUGUUUGUUUAAGCCUAUCCCAAAACCCUUACCUUAACCGUUCUUAGUUAAUGCCUAACCUUAAUACAUUUUUGGCUUGGUUUUCAGAGCAGCCAAAUAGAGUCCCACAAUUUUUGGGUUGCUGAUGUUGUGGCAGAAUUUGGGGUGAGCCAUUGUAACUUCUCAAGGCAUAUGUUCUGUGUUGAACUGUGAUUUUAUGCCUUGCGUAGACUCCUAGAUGUCUGUACCCUAACACAAGGCCUUUGUGUUCUGGAACUGUUGCGUUCAGAAAAUAACUGUUGUGUAACAAUAUGAUUGUGUUAUCACCUCCCACUAUAUAAGGGACAUGUGCCGUGGCGGAGAUCUUUGUGGGCUAUACUCGGCCUUGUCUCAGGAUGGUAAGUUUGUGGUUGAAGAUAUCCCUUUAGUGGUGUGGGGGCUGUGCUUUGGCAAAGUGGGUGGGGUUAUAUCCUGCCUGUUUGGCCCUGUCCGGGGGUAUCAUCGGAUGGGGCCACAGUGUCUCGAGACCCCUCCUGUCUCAGCCUCCAGUAUUUAUGCUGUAGUAGUUUAUGUGUCGGGGGGCUAGGGUCAGUCUGUUAUAUCUGGAGUAUUUCUCCUGUCUUAUCUGGUGUCCUGUGUGGAUUUAAGUAUGCUCUCUCUAAUUCUCUCUUUCUCUUUCUUUCUCUCUCUCGGAGGACCUGAGCCCUAGGACCAUGCCUCAGGACUACCUGUCAUGAUGACUCCUUGCUGUCCCCAGUCCACCUGGCAGUGCUGCUGCUCCAGUUUCAACUGUUCUGCCUGCGGCUAUGGAACCCUGACCUGUUCACUGUGAUUAUUAUUAUUUGACGCUGCUGGUCAUUUAUGAACAUUUGAACAUCUUGGCCUUGUUCUGUAAUAAUCUCCACCGGCACAGCCAGAAGAGGACUGGCCACCCCUCAUAGCUUGGUUCCUCUAUAGGUUUCUUCCUAGGUUUUGGCCUUUCUAGGGAGUUUUUCCUAGCCACCGUGCUUCUACACCUACAUUGCUUGCUGUUUGGGGUUUUAGGCUGGGUUUCUGUACAGCACUUUGAUAUAUCAGCUGAUGUAAGAAGGGCUAUAUAAAUGCAUUUGAUUUGAUUUGAUUUGAUGAGCGCGACCUGACUUUUUUAUCAGUUUCGCUCGGCUUGGACCCAGACAUCCCUCGGCUUGGACCCAAAACAUAAGAGACCUUAUUCAAAAAGCUCUGUGAAGGACUGUCUGUUUUGUGGAAAAUCUCUUAUCCUCCUCAUCCUCAAUUUUGCAGAACUAUUUGAGUCUGACCGGUUAACAUUGAUCAAUGGGAGCACAGCAGUGUCUCCAACAGUAGGGAUUGGUUACCUAUUAACAUGUGAAAUAUACUGUUGGACCUGUACAUUAGCAGGAAUUGGAUAGCCUGCAAGUAGGAAUUGGAUAGCCUAAAAGUCGUAUUUGUGUAGCCUACAACUAAAUAAGUAUUAUAAUAUAUAUAAUCUGUUUGAAAACACGAGAGAGAGUUACCAAGUCGUAUGUGUGUGUAUAAUGGGUUACUAGAGAUUUGUUGCAAUAAUACUGGACUUAGAAAGCAAUUUUGAAAUCAUGGGUCAUAAACUUACUACGUGUACCGCUGAAGGUGCUGAUCCAGUGGGGAAAACACAACUUGCACACCCACAUGUACAGUACCAGUCAAAAGUUUGGACACACCAACUCAUUCCAGGGUUUUUCUUAAUUUUUUACUAUUUUCUACAUUCCAUAAUAAUAGGGAAGACAUCAAAACUAUGAAAUAACACAUAUGGAAUCAAGUAGUAACCAAAAAAGUGUUAAACAAAUCAAAAUAUAUUUUAUAUUUGAGAUUCUUCAAAGUAGCCACCCUGUGCCUUGAUGACUGCUUUGUACACUCUUAGCAUUCUCUCAACCAGCUUCAUGAGGUAGUCACCUGGAAUGCAUUUCAGUUAACAGUUGUGCCUUGUUAAAAGUUAAUUUGUGGAAUUUGUGGAAUUUCUUUCCUUUUUAAUGCAUUUGAGCCAAUCAAAUGUGUUGUGACAAGGUAGGGGUGGUAUACAAAAAAUAUCACUUUUUGGUAAAAGACCAAGUCCAUAUUACUGCAAGAACAACUCAAAUAAUGAAUUAUACUGUUAAGCUUCAUUUACCUUCUCCUGGGACUGACAACCACUGUUGAGGGACAUGAACCACUAUGUAGGUGGGUCAAACUAGGCAUCAUUUAAGAUAUAGUUGUUACAAUAUGUGGUUUAUGAUUUUUGUAUUCUCAAAUGUGAUAUACAGUAGGCCUACCUUUGGAAACCGCUGACUUCAUUUAUCUGUGUGUGUGCGCGUGCGCGGUGCGUGUAUUUGCAUAAAAUACAUAGCAUAGCUGUCCUGCCUCAUUGCUCCACAUACUUUUAAAACCCCAGUGUUGAUCAGUGACUGUUCACUCCUUUCAGAGCCACUGACACGCAGCACAAUGAUGAUGUCACUGAUUCUACUGCUGUGGACACUGGGACUCCUUGUUCAGGACUCAUCAGCAGAUAUAAUAAUGACUCAGUCUCCUAAAUCUCAGUCUGUUAGUCCAGGAGAGACUGUCUCUAUCAGCUGUACAGCCAGUUCAAGUACUGGUAAUUAAUUCCACUGGUACCUGUAGAAAUCUGAAGAAGCUCCUAAUCCCCUGGUUUAUGAUGCUACAAACCGUCAGUCUGGGAUUCCAGGUCGUUUCAGUGGGAGUGGAUCUGGUAGUUCAUUAACUCAUUACACUCUGACCAUCAGUGAAGUCCUGGCUGAAGAUGCAGCAGAUUACUACUGUUAGCAGGGUGGUUAUUCUCGUUCACACAAUGUUAGAGCAUUGUACAAAAACCUCCUUCAGCUAUAGAGGAACUGCUCUGACUCAACAGCUGCAGAGCUACAGAUUCUCCCGAGUCUUCUGUAUUCUAAAGUAUUCUAAACACCAAUUCUUCACAAUAUGACUCUACAAUACAAUAAUGUAGAUUAUUGGCUAGACUUGUCUAUAGACUAUGAUACUGUCCAUACAGUAUCUCUCAAUAUAUUACGCAAAAAUCUUUGUAAACAUACUGGGACCAGUAAUGAUACAGAACUGUAGAAAAUGCUUUAUUUUAAAGGACAUGUUGAACAAAAUUCAGAUAAGGUUCAUAUAUAUUUUUUUACAUAUAUUUAUUUUCUUAUUAUAAGGAGCACCUGUUUCAGUACACAACAGAAUGAAUGUUGAACCUGUCCAAACCCAUCUUCCAAAAUAUUCAUGCCCUAAUUCUAUACCCCCCAACUCUGAAAGUGAAUACAGUCAUAUCGAUUCCAUUCAAGAAGUACCACUUUCAUAUCAUUAUUCUACAUAUAUGUCACAAAUAAAUGUAGUUUACAUACUGUAUACUGUAUACACAGAGGGUUCUACAUGGAACCAAAAAAGGUUAUCCAAUGGGGACAGUUGAAGAUUAAUUUUGGAAAGGUUUUUUUGAAGUGUAAAGUCUGCUUCCUCAGCCCAUGUUCAGGUCUUUAGUCAGACACACAACUGCCACAGUCCUGAAAGUUUUGAGGCUGAGCGAUUGUGAACUCUGGUUGGGUUGAAACUCAGAUUUACAUGGGCAGGGUGACCGCAACACUCCCAGAAUAGAGCAGUACCAUGGCCAGAUGUUCACCUGUUCCCAGAGAGUUCCACUGAGUUUUGAGCACAUGGUUUCAGUAUUAGUAACAUCCAGAGACAUAUAUUUAGGGAGUUAGCAGAAACCUCAAUGUCCUAACUCUCUAAAUAAAUGGCUCUGGUAACAUCACAAAGACCAAUGAUUUUACAGCACAUGGCUUCAGUAGUAGUAGUACCAUGAUAAAGAACAGUGAGUUUAGAGCACAUGGCUUCAUUAUUAGUACCAUGAUAAAGAACAGUGAGUUUAGAGCACAUGGCUUCAGUAUUAGUACCAUGAUAAAGAACAGUGAGUUUAGAGCACAUGGCUUUAUUAUUAGUACCAUGAUAAAGAAGAGUGAGUUUAGAGCACAUGGCGUCAGUAUUAGUACCAUGAUAAAGAACAGUGAGUUUAGAGCACAUGGCUUCAUUAUUAGUACCAUGAUAAAGGCCAGUGAGUUUAGAGCACAUGGCUUCAGUAUUAGUACCAUGAUAAAGAACAGUGAGUUUAGAGCACAUGGCUUUAGUUAUAGUACCAUGAUAAAGAACAGUGAGUUUAGAGCACAUGGCUUCAGUAUUAGUACCAUGAUAAAGAACAGUGAGUUUAGAGCACAUGGCUUCAGUAUUAGUACUAUGAUAAAGAACAGUGAGUUUAGAGCACAUGGCUUCAUUAUUAGUACCAUGAUAAAGAACAGUGAGUUUAGAGCACAUGGCUUCAUUAUUAGUACCAUGAUAAAGAACAGUGGGUUUAGAGCACAUGGCUUCAUUAUUAGUACCAUGAUAAAGAACAGUGAGUUUAGAGCACAUGGCUUCAUUAUUAGUACCAUGAUAAAGAACAGUGAGUUUAGAGCACAUGGCUUCAGUAUUAGUACCAUGAUAAAGAACAGUGGGUUUAGAGCACAUGGCUUCAGUAUUAGUACCAUGAUAAAGAACAGUGAGUUUAGAGCACAUGGCUUCAUUAUUAGUACCAUGAUAAAGAACAGUGAGUUUAGAGCACAUGGCUUCAGUAUUAGUACCAUGAUAAAGGCCAGUGAGUUUAGAGCUUAUGGCUUCAGAAUUAGUACCAUGAUAAAGGCCAGUGAGUUUAGAGCACAUGGCUUCAGUAUUAGUACCAUGAUAAAGGCCAGUGAGUUUAGAGCUUAUGGCUUCAGAAUUAGUACCAUGAUAAAGAACAGUGAGUUUAGAGCACAUGGCUUCAGUAUUAGUACCAUGAUAAAGGCCAGUGAGUUUAGAGCACAUGGCUUCAGAAUUAGUACCAUGAUAAAGACCAGGGAGUUUAGAGCACAUGGCGUCAUUAUUAGUACCAUGAUAAAGGCCAGUGAGUUUAGAGCACAUGGCUUUAGUAUUAGUACCAUGUUAAAGAACAGUGAGUUUAGAGCACAUGGCUUCAGUAUUAGUACCAUGAUAAAGAAUAGUGAGUUUAGAGCACAUGGCUUCAGUAUUAGUACCAUGAUAAAGAAUAGUGAGUUUAGAGCACAUGGCUUUAGUAUUAGUACCAUGUUAAAGAACAGUGAGUUUAGAGCACAUGGCUUUAGUAUUAGUACCAUGUUAAACAACAGUGAGUUUAGAGCACAUGGCUUCAUUAUUAGUACCAUGAUAAAGAACAGUGAGUUUAGAGCACAUGGCUUUAGUAUUAGUACCAUGUUAAACAACAGUGAGUUUAGAGCACAUGGCUUCAUUAUUAGUACCAUGAUAAAGAACAGUGAGUUUAGAGCACAUGGCUUCAUUAUUAGUACCAUGAUAAAGAACAGUGAGUGGAUAAAAACCGCAGACCCCGGAUGCAUUUAUGCUUUCUGGAACCUAGCUCAAAAAAAUCACUGACAAAGACAUUGGCAUUGAUGUUCACAAUGUUUUCCGGUCAGAUCGCAAAUCUAAGGAUGGUGGUGUUGCUGUAUGCAUAAAAUACAUGUUUUUAUCAACCAUUCUGACUUCUGUUACCGAACCCAAGCAAUUUGAAUAUCUGUCUUUGAAUAUAAAUCUCUGCGCAUCCUUGAAUCCUGUAAUUAUAGAGCCCCAUCUGCUGUUGCUGGCUCUCUGGAUUGUGUUUUUUAUAUUAUUAUCACAGAAUGGCAAAUCUGAACUUGUGCUUAUGGGUAACCUGAACCUAGAUUUGCUGACAACCAACUCUGAUCAACUCAAUAAUCUAUGUAAUACCUACACUCUUACUCAGAUUGUAAACAAUGUAACAAGGUUGAAUCCAAAGUGUCCUCUAAAAUCCUCUUUGAUCGAUCUUAUUUUAACUAACACUCCACAUCGUUUUAAUGCUUCUGGUGUUUUUGCAAAUCAUAUAAGUGAUUACUUGCCUAGUUAAAUAAAGGUCAAAAAUCAAAUAAAACAAUUUUUUUAA